AUGCGAAUUUCUCGAUAUAACCGUCUUGCACGGUUUCCCAUGCCGAAACGCACGCUUCUCCACCCCGUCCGCUUCCACGCCAUGCCCAUCAUUCCGAACCUUCCGCCCGGAAACGCGUUUCUGCGCAGAUCGGCGAGGAAUUCGUGCAAGAAGGCUGAUGAGGCGAAAUGCCAGACUCUGAUCGGAUGCAGCCCCGAUGCCUCACAUCCCCCAUGCCUCACAUCCCCCAUGCCUCACAUCCCCCAUGCCUCACAUCCCCCAUGCCUCACAUCCCCCAUGCCUCUCCAUUUCAAGGAAGAGAAAUGCGCGAAGGAAGGGGAACGGGCGGUAGAAAAGCUGCGCUUCAACCUGGAGAGGAAGGACUGGAAUCUGGAAAAAGAUUACGGCGAGGAACUCAUCACAAUCAAGUCUGCACACGAUCAAGAGACCAAGAAAAACAUCAUGCUUGCGGAGGCCGUGUUGGACUUCCCGAGCGACUGGGUCUUCGGGGAUCUGGCGAACCACACGCUGGAGGCCUCGCCCGACUGGAAUCCGGACAUCAAGUACUUCGAGGUCGUCCAGCGGCUGACGGAUCGUUGCUGGGUGGCUAAUGAAGCGACGCAGCCGAAGCUCGGGGGUCUCUUCUACAGUCGAGACAUCCCGCAUCUGGUUUACUUCAAGAGGAUGCACGACGGGGACUUCAUUUCGUUUUCCGGGACGAAUUGGCCCGGGCUGGAACCGAGAAAGGAUAUGGUCAGGUGA